AUGAGCUCUGAUACUCCUCCAUUUACCUCUUCAAGUUCACCUUUAUGUUCUAACAACUGUGGCUUUUAUGGUAAUUCGACAACUAAAAAUCUAUGCAGUAAAUGUUACAAGGAUGCUCUAGCCAGAGAUAAAGUAAAGAAUUUAGAAAAGUCUGAGGAUGACUUAAGAAGGGCAUCUGAGGUGCGAAGUCAGAGAGAGUGUACUCAAGACGAAAUAUCUGGACAUGUGAAAGUUGGAAGCAUGUCUCAAGCAGAAGAUAUAUCAGGUCAAACUGCUGGUGGCAGUAUUGGUGUUAACAAUGAUAGUGAGGUGACUGAUGUGAGGCUUCUCGAACAUGCUAAACAGGGUACAUUGAAAUCUGGAAAAUCUGUAAACCCAAAUAGAUGUUAUCUAUGCAACAGGAAGGUUGGUCUUCUUGGUUUUCAGUGUAGGUGUGGAUUCAACUUUUGUAGUGACCAUAGGUAUGCUGAUUCGCACAAUUGCGAAUUCGAUUAUAAGACGUACGAGCGUGAACAACUAAGAAAAGCUCACAAGAGCAUCGUUGCAGAAAAAAUUCAAAAAAUUUGA